UUAGGAAGGUUGAGAACCACUGGCCUUGGGUGAUGAAGCAAGCACUAAAAAAGGACUUGAGCCUGAGGGGUUAGGGUCAUGGUUGUGCUCCUGACCCUGCCAUCAGUGCUCACGUGACAUCCUUGUCUUGCCACUCCUCCUCAGAACAGUCUGGGAGAGUCGCUUUAUUGUGGGACGUCACGGAGAUUCCCCCCAUAUGGAAGACAGAGCCACCCUCAGGAAAAGCCUGGUAUUCUAUUCUGGGACAAGGACAAGAGGCAGGGCAGGCUGUAGAACUUGGAACAGAGCCAGGGCCAGCGGUUUUCCAGGACGGACCCUAGCCCUGUAAUCCCUUCCUCGCAGCCCACCUGUUCCCAUCCCCUCUCUGCUCUGCGCCCCAGCUUUCUUCUGUAGAUUAGUUAAGCAACCCUUGCAUCUUUGACUUGUGGCUCCUCAAGGCCUGGUGGACACAGCUGGAGACCGUGCUUGUCCAGGUCAGGUGUUGGUGAUGAAUAGCUGUCAUCCUGCAGCGCACUAGAGCCAGAAGUCAGGACUCUGGACCCAACUCCACGAAGUUUUGCUCAGUGGCUUCUCUUGCCUUCCUCCUUUAAAGUCUCAGGGAGGCGAGGAAAGGACUGUGCGGGUCCUGCGGCGCCCUGGCCCCACCCACCGCCCCGCAGAUGCCCACCUUACCCCGUCUUGCUGGCAGGCAAUGGCACGCCCCAGCAUCUCAGCGGCGAUCGCCAAGCUGCGGCGGUUUCCGGGCACCCUCCCCGAGUGCUUUGGGACUGGCACUUUUAAUCCACGUGAUUUCUCGGCAGCGGCGGCGGGUUCCAUGAACUGGCGAACAGCGCUAAGUGGCCACUUUCAGUUUCGCACCGAGCGAGGUGGAGCAGGAGUCGAGUCGCACCUGCACUAUGGAAACAGAACACAAACUGGAGGGCUUAAGACAAGGCCCAGACACUCCAGAGAGCCUCUGCGUGGGAACGCUGGACCAUCUAUCAUGAUCCAAGAAGCCAGGGCCAGCCUCUGAUGGACCCUGAGAGCCUCCAACUGAACACUGAGAACCUGUGGACCAGGCUUGUGAGUCUGCUGAGUAAAAACUCAGAAUGGCUGAGUGCCCAGGUUAGGUCUACCCUCCCUAGCAUGGACCUGGACUGCAGAAGGCCCUUGAACCCUGAGAGCAUUGAUGUUCAGCUCAGGAGGCUGCACACCCAGAGCCUGGCACCUGGGAGUCUUUUAUCCAUAGUCUGUGCAUGGGAGCUUGACGUGCCGCUAGAGCUGGAGGUACCACUGCGGAGCAUCUGGGGCCCAAAAGAUGAAUUCUCUGAGCAGGUAGGAGCAGGUGAGGACAGCUAUCCUGGACCUCCGCUUCACCAUGGCGUCAAGCGCCCUUUUCAGAGCUGUGGGUCCUCACCCCGCCGGAAGCACUGCAGGAAGCAGCAGCUAGAGCUGGCUGAGAAGUAUCUGAAGCUCCUGAAGACUUCUGCCCAGCAGCACCAUGGCGGUGAAUGCCCAGGAGCAAAGCCUACUCAUGCCUCCCCACAAGUCUACAUCCCCCCAAUUAUACAGUGGAGCCGGGCUACAGCACCCUUGGACGUUUCAGGAGGGGGCUACUAAAAGAGACCCCGAUGGCCACAGAUGACACUGAUGUUGAGCAGCCAGGAUCUCUUCAAUUUCAAGGCCCCCAACGGACCUCGAGUGACAGUUCUGCUGGGAAAGGCUGGGAUGGGCAAGACCACGCUGGCACGUCGGCUCUGCUGGAGGUGGGCUGACGGUCAGAGCUGGGACCGCUUCCGGGCUCUGUCUUUUGAGUUCCGCCGGCUCAACAUGAUCACACGUUCGCUGACCCUGCCCCAGCUCCUUUUUGAUCUGUACCUGAGCCCCGAGUCAGACCCUGAUGCUGUUUUUCAGUACCUGGAGGAGAAUGCCCAUCAAGUCCUACUGAUCUUUGAUGGGCUGGACGAGGCCCUCCAUGCUAAUGGCCAGUCCACGGGUGCUGACAAUGCAGGCUCGGCCCUCGCCCUCUUCUCCGACCUCUGCCGUGGGACCCUCCUGCCAGGCUGCUGGGUGAUGACCACCUCUCGUCCAGGGAAACUGCCUGCCUGUGUGCCCACAGAGGCCGCCAUGGUGUACAUGUGGGGCUUUGAUGGGCAGCGGGUAGAGAAGUACGUCAGCCACUUCUUCAGUGACCUGCUGUUACAAGAGCUGGCCCUGGCAGAAAGGAGAGCCAAUGAACGCCUCCGGGGAAUGUGUGCAGUGCCUUGCACUGUGCAGGGUCGCCUGCAUCCUGCCUCGGCCGUCUGCUUCCCUGGAAGCCCUCCAGGGCAGUCUACGGCCCUCCUGCCCACCGUAACCCAGCUGUUCCUGCAGAUGGUGGAAACAUUUAGCCCCAUGGGGACUCUGCCUGCCACGUCCUUGUUGGGCCUUGGAAAGGUGGCCCUUAGUAGACUGGAUAUUGGGAAGGUCAUUUUCUCUAUGGAAAAAGACAUUAGUCCUUCCCUGAUGGCUUUUGGAGCUGCCCACAGCCUCCUGACCUCCUUCUGUAUUUGUACCAGCCCUGAGCACCGAGAAAUAGGCUAUGCCUUUGCCCACCUUAGCCUGCAAGAGUUCUUUGCCGCUCUGUAUCUGAUGGCCAGUGACACCGUAGACGAAGAAACGCUCACCUACUAUGUCACACUCAAUUCCCACUGGGUGCUGCGGACCAAAGCUAGGCUGGGCCUCUCCGACCAUCUCCCUACCUUCCUGGCAGGCCUGGCAUCCCACAACUGUCGUGCAUUCCUUUGCCACCUGGCUCAACAAGAGGAAGCCUGGGUGAGCUCCAGUCAGGCUGCUGUUGUUCAGGUGCUGAAGGGAAGCUGGGCUAGCCGAAAGCUUACGGGGCCAAAGAUGAUACAAUUGUAUCACUGUGUGGCCGAGACCCAGGAGCUGGAGCUGGCACAGUUCACUGCCCAAACCCUCCCGGUCCAGCUCUCCUUCCACAAUCUCCCACUGACCCGUGCAGACCUGGCUGCACUGGCCAACAUUUUGGAGCACAGGGUUGCCCCCAUUCACCUGGAUUUGAUGGCUGCCCGAUGGAAGCCCCAUUGCCCAGAGGCUCUGGUAGGAUGUGGGCAAGUUGAGAAUCUCAGCUUUAAAAGCAGAAAGUGUGGGGAUGCCUUUGCAGAAGCCCUGGGCAGGAGCUUGCCUACUAUGGGGAGCCUGAAGAUACUAGGGUUAACAGGAAGUAAGAUCACAGCCCAAGGCAUCAGGCACCUGGUACAGGCUUUACCCCUCUGUUUCCAGCUGGAGGAGGUCAGCUUGCACGACAACCAGCUGAAGGACCCAGAGGUGCUGAGCCUUGUGGAGUUGCUCCCUUGCCUGCCAAAGCUCCAGAAACUUGAGUAAGUGAUCUUUACCCUCAGCCAGUCCCUUUUCCUGAACCAACGCUGGCUGUCCAGGUGAAGGUUGGCCAUCACGUGUCCUACUGUCAGAAAGCUGCAGGUUCAGGUGAGCAGAUCUUCAAGGGAGUCGGACUUCAUCUUCCUUCUGUCCCCGAUCACAGAGACAGCUGUGCAGCAAUCAGGAACAUCAAACCUACAGGACAAAGACAGCAUGAAGAAGGAAAGGCAGAGCCGUAGCCUGGAACUCAGGCUUCAGAGAUGUCAGCUCAGGGUCCAUGAUGCAGAAACCCUUGUGGAGCUACUCCAGAAAUGUCCCUGCCUGGAAGAAUUGGAUCUUUCAGGGAACCAUCUGGAAGACGAAGGCUGUCGACUUGUGGCAGAGGCUGCUUCCCAGCUGCGCAUUGCCCAGAAACUGGACCUCAGUGACAAUGGCCUCUCUAAGACUGGGGUGACCUAUGUGUUGAGAGCCAUGAGAACAUGUGGAGCCCUGAAGGAGAUGCAUAUCAGCCUGCUGAGCAACACCGUGGUACUCACAUUUGCCCAGGAGCCAAGGGAGCAAGAGGGGAGCUGCAAGACGGGUGCACCGCUUCCCAGCUUGGCAUCUCCUGCGACCGUUCAGAGAUGUCCUGGAGCUCUCGAGAGUCAGGGACAUGUCUCUAUCUCUGCUGCUAUCUCUACUUGUCUGUCUCUGUAUUUAUUGUCUCUAUGGAUAUCUCCACUUAUUUCUAUCCCUUUCCCUCUCAGCCCCAGCCCCAGGCCUUGCUGUGUGCCAGUCCUCCUGUCCCUCUCCCCAUCACAAACCACAAUCCCUCCCUCCUGCCUGUGGGCCUCUCUGCCCGGCCCUGGGGCUGGGGGCAGCUUUCCCCUGGGUACAGUGUCUAGUGGUCACUGCAGAGCUGUGGGUCUGGCCCCUUGUAGGCUGACACACUGUGGCUUCCUGGCCAAGCACAUAGAGAGGCUCUGUGGGGCGCUGAGAGCCAACUGUGAGCUCCACCGUUUGGAUCAUCUUGACCUAUCAGACAACUCUCUGGGGGAUGAAGGGGUGACCCUACUAGCCCAGCUGCUCCCAGGACUAGGUCCCCUGCAGUCCUUGAACCUUAACAGGAACGGUGUGUCCCUGGAUGCUGUGUUUGGCUUGAUCGCAUGCAUGUCUUCUGGGCAGUGGGUGUUCCACCUAGAUGUCAGCCUUGAGAGUGACCACGUCCUCCUUCGAGGAGCUGAAACUGGCAGGGCUGUACUAGCUGGCAGAUGUAGACUAGAGCUCCCAGCUGGAGCCCCGUUACUGACAGGCAGUCAACGCUGCACCUCCAGGAGCUUCAGCCUUCAGGGGUGUCAACUGGAACCCCGGAGUCUUGCCUGCCUCUGUGCCGCUCUGGAGAUGUGCCCAGGGCCUCUGGAAGUCCACUUGUCCUGCAAGACCCUGUGUGAUGAGAGCCUGAAGACCCUGCUGCAGUGUCUGCCCCAGCUGCCCCAGCUUAGCCUGCUGCAGCUGAACCACACAGUCCUAUCUUCAAAAAGCCCUUUCUGUCUAGCCGACAUCUUCAACCUGUGCCCACUGGUGUUACUGUCACUACAGGUCCUAUGCGAUGCUACCCUGCACUUUGGCUCCAAGGAGCAAGAGGGUGUAUGCUUUGGCUUUCCAGGAUGCCACCUUGGCCAGGAGCAUGUGGAGUCACUGUGUUGUUCACUGAGCAGCUGCAAAAGCCUCAUCCAGCUUGACCUCACGGACAACCUGCUGGGUAAUGGUGGGCUCAGGUGCCUUCUGGAAUGCUUGCCACAGUUACCCAUCUCUGGAUGGCUUGACCUUAGCCACAACGGCAUCACUCAGGAAGGGGUCCUGUGCCUGCUAGAGACUCUGCCUUCCUGCCCUCGUGUCUGUGAGGUCUCUGUGAGUCUGGGCUCUGACUUCCGGAUACGCUUGUCCAAAGACGAAGAAGCCAGGACAAUACUGAGGCUAUGCGAGUGCAGCUUCAGUCCGGAACACAUAUCCAGACUGGUUCCCAGCCUGAGCCAGGCCCAACAGCUGACAGAGCUCUGGCUGACCAGGUGCCACUUGGACCUGCCACAGCUGACCAACCUCCUGAGUCUGGUGAAUCGACCAGCAGGGUUGCUGGGCCUCAGGUUGGAAGAGCCCUGGGUGGGCCACAUCAGCUUACCAGCUGUGAUGGAAGUCUGUGCCCAGGCCUCAGGAUGUCUCUCUGAGUUAAGCCUCUCCGAGACCCAGUGCCAGCUGUGGCUCUGGCUGGAAUUUCCUCACCAGGAAGAUAAUUCCGAGGCCAUGGCAAACAGGUUGGCUCACUGUGACCUGGGAACUGACCACAGUCUUCUUACGAGACAGUUGAUGGAGACAUGUGCCAGACUGCAACAGCUCAGCUUGUCUCAGGUUAACUUCAGUGACGAUGACACCACCAGGUCCAGGCUGCUGCAGAACCUCCUGCUGUCUAGCUGUGAACUCAAAACCUUCCGACUGACGUCCAGCUGUGUAAGCACAGAGAGCCUGGUCCACCUGGCAUCUGGUCUGGGACACUGCCACCAUCUGGAAGAGCUGGAUUUCUCUAACAACCAUAUCUGUGAGGAGAACAUAGAGCUACUGAUGGGAGCCCUUCAGGGGACCUGCAAACUAAAGAGGCUGCACCUCAGUCACGUUCCACUGGAAGUCUCCUCCCUGGCCUUGCUCAUUCAAGGACUAAGUCGCAUGACCCUACUGCAGCACCUUAGCUUGAGACAUGACCAGAUUGGAGACGUGGGAACCCAGAACUUAACGGCCAUCUUGCCAAGGCUUCCAGGGCUCAGGAAGUUAGACCUCUCAGGGAACAGCAUUGGCCCAGCAGGGGGAGUGCCGUUGGCAAAGUCUCUCAUCCAUUGCAGGUGCUUGGAGGAAAUCAUACUGGGCAACAAUGCUCUGGGGGACCCCACGGCCCUGGGGCUGGCUCAGAGAUUGCCCCCACAACUGAGGGUCCUGUGUCUGCCAUCCAGCCAUCUGGGUCCUGAGGGGGCUCUGCGCCUGGCCAAGGCCCUGGAGCAAUGCCCACACAUAGAAAAGUUCAGCUUGGCAGAGAAUAACCUGGCUGGACGUGUCCCACAUUUCCGCAAGAGUCUCCCACUGCUCAGACAAAUUGACCUGAUUUCCUGCAAAAUCGAUGACCAAGUUGCCAAGCACCUUGCCGCCAGCCUCAUGCUCUGCCCAGCUCUGGAAGAAAUCUUGCUGUCCUGGAACCUCCUGGGUGAUGAGGUGGCUGCUGAGUUGGCCCAGGUCCUGCCACAGAUGGGGCAGCUGAAGAGAGUGGACUUGGAGAAGAACCGGAUCACUGCAUGCGGAGCCCAACUCCUGGCUCAGGGGCUGGUCCAGGGCUCCCGUGUGCCAAUCAUUCGGCUCUGGAACAACCCCAUUCCUGCCGAUGUGGCCCAGCGUCUACAGAGCCUGGAGCCCAGGUUGGACUUUGCCUUCUUUGACCAGCAGCUCCAGGCUCUUUGAGGAAUUGAUGGACCUCUCAAGACUCUUGGUACAAGCCCAGUGACAACCACAUUUCCCACCAGGGAAAGGGGCUCAGGAGAAGAGCCUCAGUUGGUGCCCAGCAUCCUAUGAAUGCCCCAGUGGGGGAAGAGUACGUUUGUUUUAUCACGAUCCUUAGGGAGAACUUUCUUGGGACUUUGACUAAAAGAGGACUGUACAUCAUACAUGACAUGUGUUACCAGUGGGACACUGGCACAAUGAGAGUACUAUGAUGUCAUAUAUGACAGGGAAGGCUAUGUAUGGUGCACUGUGACCAAGACACGGAAGGUCAUACUCACGACAGGGUAGGUCAUAUAGGUGGCAUUACAUGGAACUUAUAGUGAGCGUGGUAUCUGGUCAGUGGUUCUUAGCACCGUAAAUGGUGGUGCAUGUGAUCAGGAAUCCGCCUAUGACAUGCUGCCUAUAUCACAUAACACUCAGCUUGCCAGGGGACCACAGGCAAGUUCAAGACCUAAUUUAUUACUAUUUUAAAAAUGUAAAACUAGGUGAAUAGUAUAGGCCUCAUAGCUGUUUGGGAAACUGAGGCAGAGGGAUUGCUAAUUUAAUAAGAUCCUGUCUCAAAAUGUCAAAAAGGACUGGUAUACAGCUUAGUGGGAGAGUGCUUGCCUAGCAUGUAUGAAAUCCUAAGCUGAAUACUCAAUAUCUUAUUCUUCCUUCCCUCCUUCCUUCCUUCUUUCCUUCCU